AUGCAGACGCUGCGCGGCGAGCGGCCCUCUACGCCCGACAUGGAUUCGCAGGCCACCCUCAGAAAGUUCAACGAAGAAAACGUCAAGCGGGUGCUGGUGAUGUACGACUUUGACGGCGGCGGAGACCCGAAGAAGCUGCGGAUCCAGCGAGGGGCGGUGAUCACGGUGCUCAAGGAGUACUCGGGCUGGGGCAUGGGCGAGCUCAACGGCAAGCAGGGCCUCUACCCGCUCAACUACGUCAAGCCCAUCGAGUGA